AUGAGUAGCGAGACUGCCUCUGCGCCGUCGCUCUAUUUGCAUACACCUACCUCCUCGCCUGUGAGCGAAGAGUCAGAGGCUCUGUAUGAGAUCUUGCCGGCGUACCAUCGUCAAAGCGAUGGUACGCCCGAUUAUUUGCGUAUGAUCUUGGGUGCGCAUUUGUACGAUUUAGUGCGUGAGACCUCUUUGCAAACUGCGACGCGCCUCUCUUCGCGAUUGGGAUGCGAGAUUCUUCUUAAGCGUGAAGAUCUGCAGCCUGUAUUUAGUUUUAAGCUUCGUGGUGCGUACAAUAUGAUGCGCCAGAUGGAUGAGUCACUCAAGUGGAAGGGUGUCAUUGCGUGUAGUGCAGGGAACCAUGCCCAGGGCGUGGCGCUAGCCGGUGCGCACUUGUCGAUUCCAUGCACCAUUGUCAUGCCGCGUGGGACGCCAAGCAUCAAGUGGGAGAAUGUGCAGCGUCUGGGUGCGAAGGUUGUUUUCCACGGUGCCAACUUUGACGAGGCGAAAAAGGAGUCGCAGCGUCUCGCUAAACUGUAUGGUCUUACGAUGAUUCCUCCGUUUGACCAUCCCCAAGUUAUUGCUGGGCAAGGUACGACGGCCGUGGAGAUUUGCAACCAGACCGAUAUGGAGAAGGUCGACGCUGUGUUCUGCGCCGUCGGCGGCGGUGGGCUGCUGAGUGGUGUGGCCGCCUACAUCAAGCGCAUUGCGCCGCCGCAUGUCAAGGUAUUCGGUGUGGAAACGUUUGACGCCGAUGCUCUUGCGCAGAGUUUGGAGCAUGGUGAGCGUGUUGAACUGAACGAAGUGGGUCUGUUCAGUGACGGCACAGCCGUGCGCUUGGUAGGCGACGAAUGCUUCCGUAUUUGCAACAGCAAUGUGGAUGGCAUUGUGCGUGUAUCGAACGAUGAGAUCUGUGCAGCGAUUAAGGACGUAUUUGAAGAUACGCGAGCGAUUACGGAGCCGGCAGGUGCGUUGGCUGUGGCUGGUACGAAGCGGUACAUUGCUGAGAAUGGAGGCGAUGUCGCUGGCCGUCGUUUCGUCGCGGUGGUGAGCGGUGCCAACAUGAACUUUAACCGCUUGCGCUUUGUAUCUGAGCGUGCGGAGCUGGGUGAGAAGCGGGAGGCGAUCCUCUCUGUGACCAUCCCUGAUGAGCCGGGCAGUUUCUUGAAGCUGAGUGAGCACAUUGUGCCUCGUGAUGUGACUGAGUUUUCGUACCGUUUCAGUGGCUCGAAGUAUGCGCAUAUUUUCACCUCGUUCGUCCUGAAUGGUACCGUUCCGACCUCCGAUGAGAACCCGCUGAUGGCUAGCGUCGAGUCUUUGCCGAAGAAUGGCAUGUCGCUGCGUGACUUGGAGCUCCAAGGCAUUAUUAGAAACCUGAACAUGGCCGGCAUGAAGGCUGUGGAUAUUAGCGACAAUGAGUUUGUCAAGGCACAUGGCCGUUACAUGAUCGGCGGUCGGGAAGCGGUGCCGCAUGAGCGCUUGUUCCGCUUCCGCUUCCCUGAGCGUCCUGGUGCGCUGCAGCAUUUCCUUGUCGGUAUUGAUGCCGGGUGGAACAUUUCGCUUUUCCACUACCGCCAGGAAGGCGCUGAUAUCGCCCGUGUCUUGGCUGGUAUUCAGGUACCGCCUGACACAGAGGCCCGCUUUGAUCAGUUCCUCCACGACUUGGGGUAUGCAUACCACGAAGAAACCGACAACCCCAUCUACCAGCUGUACCUCAGGGACGACAGCGCGUAA